GACCAAGUUACAGUCUCAUUUGUCCUACAAUACCCGUGUUGCUCUGCAAAAUAUCCAUCGCAGUCUCUCUCGUCAUUCACAAUGGAUUCCCAAAAUCUGCCUCCUCACACCGAUGACCACCACCACCACCGCCACCACGAUCACCACCAUCACCACCAUCAGCAUGAGGGCAAAGAAGAUGGAAAAGUGUAUCAUAGCCAUGAUGGAUUAGCACCACAUACCCAUGAACCCAUUUAUUCACCUGGCUAUUUCAGCAGAAGGGCUCUUCCUUUAACCACCAGAGAUUUUAACGAAAGAGCUUUUACUGUUGGUAUUGGAGGUCCUGUUGGUACUGGGAAAACGGCUCUGAUGCUGGCUUUGUGCAAAUUAUUGAGGGAUAAAUAUAGUCUUGCUGCUGUGACUAAUGACAUCUUUACAAAGGAAGAUGGAGAAUUCUUAAUAAAGCACGGUGCACUUCCAGAGGAAAGGAUACGUGCUGUGGAAACAGGAGGCUGUCCACAUGCUGCUAUUCGUGAAGAUAUCAGCAUAAAUCUUGGUCCUCUUGAGGAGCUUUCAAAUUUACACAAAGCGGAUAUACUUCUUUGUGAAUCUGGGGGAGAUAAUUUAGCAGCAAAUUUUAGCAGGGAACUGGCAGACUACAUUAUUUACAUAAUAGAUGUAUCUGCUGGAGAUAAGAUACCGCGGAAGGGAGGGCCAGGCAUCACACAGGCGGACCUUCUUGUUAUAAACAAGACCGACCUUGCUGCUGCAGUUGGAGCUGAUUUGGCCGUCAUGGAGAGAGAUGCCCUUCGCAUGCGGGAUGGAGGACCAUUCGUCUUCGCCCAGGUGAAGCACGGGUUAGGUGUAGAAGAAAUUGUCAACCACAUAUUGCUGUCCUGGGAACUGGCCACCGGACAUAAGAGACACUAAUCUGUCUCUCAUUGUUCAAUUUCUUCUCUCUUCACUAUAAUUGAGCAUCUAUACUAGUAUCCUUCUGUCACACCCCUACUUCUGUGCGUUGUUUUCUACUACUACUGUCCAGAUAUAGUUCUCAAUUGUUACCUUAAUGUAACAACUAAUUUCGGACACACACAGUAAUAUUUCCUUAGUAUUUUGGCAAACAAGAGUAUAAUGCCGUAUGAUUCUUGUUCAAUUCAUGCACAUUGGAAUUAUCAUACUUCUAAUAAACAAUCCCAAUUUGAUUUUGAA